AUAGUAACUAAUUAUUAUAAUAAUACAAUAAUGACGAAACAAAUUAAGGCUUUUAGCGGGUAGUGCAUUUCGUAACAUUCACAAUCACAGCAACUGAUUGCAGGCAGCAGUUGGGGAAAGCCGAACGCGUGCACGCGCCAUACCUGAAGACUACAACAAAGUUAGCUAACGGAACACGCAAGGCCACAACUACCCAGACCACCACAAGAAGGAAGCAUGGCCACUAUUAGAUUCGGCAGCAGCGUCGGUCCGUCUGGAGUAAACUCUGAAAAUCAGAGCUGGAAUGAAGAGAGCGCUUAUGGUGAAGACACUCACACUGAUGAUGCCAGUGACCCCAACAGGAUUGUCCAGUGCCCAUAUGACAAAAAUCACCAGAUCAGAGCCUCUCGCUUCCCUUUUCAUGUUCUCAAGUGCAGGAAGAACCACCCCAAACUGGCUGGGGAACUGAAGACUUGCCCCUUCAAUGCCAGACACUUGAUUCCCAAGCACGAGUUGUCUCAUCACAUAACAAACUGCGAGGACAAGAGGUCACUGAGCGCUGAAGAUGGGAAUAUAGAGGUACUGGAGAAGUUCCAGGUGCCCGUUAACACCUGGACAAACCCUUCACCCAAUGAGGACUGGGAAACAGAGACUGAUGAUAAUGCUGCUAUGUUUGUCUGGGGUGAAUCCAACAAUCAGCUUGCUCAAAACAAGCCAGAGCCAUCUACCACCAUCAGUUUAUCCGAUGGACUACGAGCACCACGGACUCUGCCAUGGAAACUCUGUAAGCACUCAAAUGCUCUAAAUUUUAACCAGAGGAUAUGUCACCACUGGACGGACUUCACUGGGAAAUCUUACUUUUAAAAUACUUUAAGCCCUGUGUGAUUUUUCUAGCUUAACUUGUUUAAAGUCUACUUAUCUUUUAAAGCUUUUAAUUUUGAAGUGCUGUGAAAUAUUUCCCUUUUCCUAUUUUCUGAAAGCUAAUGCACGUCUGUAACUGGCUGUGGUCCAUGUGUAGAGACACUCCUUAUUAAACCUAGCGUUUCAGUAGCAUUUAAUCUUUCAAAGGAGAAACCAUCAGUAUUAAUCUUUCUGGACUAUUUGCUUAGACUCCUUUGCAUUUUGUGGAAGUGGUAACCUUCAAUCUUGACCUGUAUGAUUCAUUAAAGCUUUCUUUAAGUGCAAA